UUUAUUAAAGUAGAUUUUAUUAUAAAAGUAAACAACGAUUCAUUAAACUUGUAAAAAUGUCCAACAUAACAGCAGCGGUUAUAGCCAACCGCAAUAAGAAACACUUUCUGGGAGUACCAGCGCCGCUGGGAUACGUAGCCGGCGUUGGACGUGGCGCCACUGGCUUUACCACUCGAUCGGAUAUUGGUCCAGCGCGUGAUGCCAACGAUGUGUCAGAUGAUCGACACGCGCCGCCAGCUACCAAACGCAAAAAGAAAGAUGAAGAGGAGGAGGAGGAUGAGGACUUGAAUGACUCCAAUUAUGACGAGUUUAGUGGAUACAGCGGUUCUCUAUUCUCCAAAGAUCCAUACGACAAGGACGAUGAAGAAGCUGAUGCCAUAUACGAUUCUAUUGAGAAGCGCAUGGAUGAAAAGCGCAAAGAAUACAGAGAUCGUCGUCUGCGUGAAGACUUAGAACGCUAUCGCCAGGAGCGCCCCAAAAUACAGCAGCAGUUCAGCGAUCUAAAACGUUCGUUGGCUACUGUAACCAGCGAGGAAUGGUCAACAAUACCAGAAGUUGGUGACAGUCGCAACCGUAAGCAACGCAAUCCGCGAGCCGAGAAAUUUACGCCGCUGCCGGACAGCGUGCUGUCGCGUAAUCUGGGAGGUGAGACAGCUUCGUCGCUGGAUGCCAGUUCAGGCUUGGCGUCAAUGGUGCCUGGCGUGGCAACGCCCGGCAUGUUAACGCCUACCGGCGAUCUUGACUUGCGUAAGAUUGGCCAAGCAAGAAAUACACUCAUGAACGUGAAGCUGUCGCAGGUAUCCGACUCUGUGACAGGUCAGACAGUGGUAGAUCCGAAAGGCUAUUUGACGGACUUGCAAAGCAUGAUUCCAACCUAUGGCGGAGACAUUAAUGACAUUAAAAAGGCGCGUCUACUACUAAAAAGCGUAAGAGAAACCAAUCCUAACCAUCCUCCUGCUUGGGUGGCAUCUGCACGACUGGAAGAAGUCACUGGUAAGGUACAAAUGGCACGCAAUCUAAUAAUGCGUGGCUGCGAGAUUAAUCCUCAGUCUGAAGACCUUUGGCUGGAGGCUGCUCGCCUGCAACCACCAGACACGGCCAAGGCUGUAAUAGCGCAGGCCGCCCGCCACAUACCCACGUCGGUGCGUAUUUGGAUAAAGGCCGCUGAUCUUGAGACGGAAACUAAAGCGAAGCGACGCGUUUUUCGUAAAGCUCUGGAGCACAUACCCAACUCUGUGCGUUUGUGGAAGGCUGCCGUGGAACUAGAGAAUCCAGAUGAUGCCCGCAUACUGCUCUCGCGUGCUGUGGAGUGCUGCAAUACCAGCGUGGAACUCUGGCUUGCGCUGGCGCGUCUUGAAACUUACGAGAAUGCUCGCAAAGUGCUAAAUAAGGCUCGUGAAAAUAUACCCACAGAUCGCCAGAUUUGGACAACAGCUGCCAAGCUGGAGGAAGCCAAUGGCAACAUACACAUGGUGGAGAAAAUUGUUGAUCGCUCGCUAACCUCGCUUACAGCGAAUGGUGUAGAGAUCAACCGCGACCACUGGUUCCAAGAGGCCAUUGAGGCGGAGAAAUCAGGCGCUGUUCAUUGCUGUCAAUCCAUCGUUAAGGCUGUCAUAGGCAUUAGCGUGGAGGAGGAAGAUCGCAAGCAAACGUGGAUUGAUGAUGCUGAAUUUUGCGCCAAGGAGAACGCAUUCGAGUGCGCUAGAGCAGUCUAUGCGCAUGCAUUGCAGAUGUUUCCCUCGAAGAAGAGCAUUUGGCUGCGUGCAGCUUACUUUGAAAAGAAUCAUGGAACACGCGAGUCUUUGGAAGCGUUGCUACAGCGCGCUGUGGCUCAUUGUCCCAAAUCGGAGAUUCUAUGGCUGAUGGGCGCCAAGUCCAAGUGGAUGGCAGGUGAUGUGCCGGCUGCUCGUGGCAUAUUAUCGCUGGCGUUUCAGGCUAAUCCAAACUCUGAGGAUAUUUGGUUGGCUGCAGUCAAGUUGGAGUCAGAAAACUCUGAAUAUGAGCGUGCGCGUCGUCUUUUGGCCAAGGCGCGUGGCUCUGCGCCUACGCCACGUGUUAUGAUGAAGUCAGCGCGCUUGGAAUGGGCAUUGGAACGCUUUGAUGAGGCGCUGCGUCUGCUUGCUGAGGCUGUUGAAGUGUUUCCAGAUUUUCCCAAGCUCUGGAUGAUGAAGGGGCAGAUUGAGGAGCAACAGCGACGAACUGACGAUGCGGCAGCCACCUACACGCUGGCUCUAAAAAAAUGUCCAACCUCUAUACCCUUAUGGAUUUUGUCGGCCAACCUGGAGGAACGCAAGGGCGUUCUCACCAAAGCUCGUUCUAUAUUAGAACGAGGCAGGCUGCGUAAUCCCAAGGUCGCUGUGCUAUGGCUGGAAGCUAUACGCGUAGAGCUGCGUGCGGGACUCAAGGAAAUUGCCAGCACCAUGAUGGCGCGAGCUCUGCAGGAAUGUCCCAAUUCGGGCGAGCUAUGGGCAGAAGCCAUAUUUAUGGAAACGAAGCCACAGCGUAAGACCAAAUCUGUGGAUGCACUCAAGAAAUGCGAACAUGAUCCUCACGUGCUGUUGGCUGUUUCAAAGCUCUUCUGGUCGGAGCAUAAGUUCUCCAAGUGCAGAGACUGGUUCAAUCGAACGGUAAAAAUUGAUCCGGACUUAGGUGAUGCCUGGGCGUAUUUCUAUAAAUUUGAAUUGCUACAUGGCACGGAGCAGCAACAACAGGAAGUAAUCGACCGUUGUAUUUCUGCAGAGCCCACUCAUGGUGAAGCCUGGUGCAGCGUUAGCAAAUCUAUUAAAAACUGGCAGUUUAAAACGCCAGAUGUAUUGCGCGCCGUAGUCAAAGUACUGUCAAUACCAAUUUAAACUGACUCCUAUUUCUACUGUAUACAAAAAAUAUGUUUCAACUGAAUUAGAAUAUUAAGCACAUAAAAAUUAAUUACACAUUUAUUCAUUUGUAAAUUUGUAGCAAAUUCAGUGUUACGAUAAACAGAUUGUACAAACAAUGUAAAACAAUUUUAAUAAGUUAGGAGAAAUGUGUUCUACUAAAACGAAAAUUAAAAUGGU